CUCCUUUAGCGAAGCAACAACAACAACAGGCGGAAUUAUUCUUCUGUUCAGCAUCAAGCUCUACAUUUCUCACUAUAUAAAGCAUCACAAUCUGUGAGGCCAUUUCAUUCUGAUUCAUUUGCCAGAGAUCUAGCAUUGGAACUACGUCACAAUGAGCACAAGUCUCCGGCCGUAUCUUCAAUGUGUUCGCUCGUCACUUUCGGCGGCGCUCGCUAUCUCCAAUUUCGCCAGCCAGACUUCGGAAAGGCACAAUGUGCCAGAGAUUGAAGCAGCAAGCUCUCCUGAGCUUCUGCUCAACCCAUUGAUCAUUUCGCGAAACUCCGACGAACGCACCUUCAUCGAACCCUCGGUCAACUCCGUCCGUGUGUCCCUCAAGGUCAAACAGGCCGACGAAAUCGAACAUAUCUUAGUGCAUAAGUUUGCGAGGUUCUUAACGCAGCGUGCAGAUGCGUUCCUGAUUCUCCGGAGGAAGCCGGUGGAGGGCUAUGAUAUAUCGUUCCUAAUCACGAACUUCCAUACUGAGGCUAUGCUGAAACAUAAGAUCGUGGAUUUCGUGAUCGAGUUUAUGGAAGAGGUGGACAAGGAAAUCUCGGAGAUGAAGCUUUUCCUGAACGCGCGUGCCCGUUUCGUGGCUGAGUCGUUCUUGACACCGUUCGACUAAAUAUGUGGAGUACCAGAAACGCGCCGCACGGGCUUUUAUGUCGCUGACAUGGUGGAAAUCUCUAGGGGCGCCUCUAUCGGCUGCUUGCUCACUUAGCUGAAACGCUAUGGUGCUUUUGGCUGCUUUCAUGGCUGACUGAUGCCUGAUAGGCCGGUAGGUCGAGUGAAUGUCUCCAAACAUGACCAAACGACUCUACCGAU